AUGAACACCCAAUUUUAUGCACAACAACAACAACCACAGCAGAAUGGGUUUGUGUUUUUAUUUCUACUUUUUUUUCGUGAUUCUGUUGAAAUAGGGUUUUUUUUAUGUUGCGUUGAAUAAUAUUUCGGCGAUUUCAAAAUAGACGCAUUAUUCUUUUAAAAUGGUUUCGGAAAAUAGACAAUUGUUAUUCCAGGAGGGUGCAGGAAAAGUAUAUCCUACAACGAUAUAUCGCAAAAUAUAUAUUUUUAUGGUGACUUUAACGUGCGAAUUUGAAUUUUUUUUUUUGUGGAAAAUGCCCAAAUAAUUCAAAAAUCUUGAGUUCGCGCGUAGAAUUUACAUUUAAAAAAUGCAUAUCUUGCGAUAUAUCCUUGUAAGAUUCAUUUUUUUCUGCGCCCUCCCGGAGUACCAAAAAAAUUAAAAAAAUUCCGAAACUUUUUGCUUUCGGUUUUAUCGUUUCAAUUUUGUAAAUAAAAAGUAAAUCUAGAGAGCACACAUUUCGCAAAUUUAUUAUUAUUAUGGCUCAUUCUGAAAAAAUUUUUUUAUUUGUUAGAUAGGAGUGUACAUUUUUGAAAAAAAUAAUGAAAAGUUUGAAGUUUUUUCUUUUGAAUUGAUGGAAAUCAAUAUAGGUCUCAUGCUGAAAUUGGAAAUAAGAUUUUUCCACUGAACAUUUCAACGAUAUAUCGUUAAAUAUGCAUUUUUAUCGUAAUUUCUUCGCGGGAACUCAAAAUUUUGGAAUUAUUUGGACGUUUUCUACUAAAAUUUCAAAUUCGCGCGUAAAACUCAGCGUAAAAAUGCGUAUCCAACGAUAUAUCGUUGUAGGACUCGCCUUCCCAGAAUACCCAUUUCGCCUAUUUCCCGAAAUCAUUUUAAACGAAUAACGCUUUUAUUUUGAAAUCGCCGAAAUUACUUUGAACACGGCAUAAUUGUGGCAGAUCUGACCACUUUUUUUUUUCAUUGGAAGCUCAAAAAAUGAUUUUUUUUUUUUCUCCCUUCUGAUUGUUUAUGUUUAGGGUCCGCGGCCCAAACAAACUUUCAAAAAUAUUGUAUCACGUAGUAUUUAUAUGAAAAUUCAGAAAUUUUAGGAUAAAUCGAUUUUAAGAAUUAAAGGAUUGCAGCUGGCCCGCCCAGUCUUUCGGCCAACAACAACAGCCACAACAGCAGACGAACGGAUUUGCCAAUGGUGGUCAAACGAACGGCUUCGCAAACGGGCCCGCCGGUGGAUUUCCACCGCAAGGCCAGGCGAACGGAUUCGGCAACGGGUUCAACUCACCCCCCGUCAACGGCUACGGACAGUUCGGAGCGGUCGGCGGAGGCUUCGGCCACCAACAACAGCAGCAAAAUGGGUACGGCAUCGGGCCAACCAACCCUCAACAACAGCAGCAACCGACGUCGCCGGUGUUCGCCCCCCAGCAGGCGUUCAUCCUGCCGCCGGCGAUGAUCCACAUGAAUGGGUGAGAAGCAGUGUGUGGAUGAUGGUGUUGCUCGCCUCUCUCCCGUGCUUCUGCCUCUUUUUUUGUGCGCUUUCUCCGCUUCUUAUCCCUCUCCACCCCGUUCUAACAAGAUCCCUUCUUUGGGUGUAAAGUGAAGGUUGUCUGAAAUAGUUAUCACCGAAUAGAUUAGAAAAAUGUCCACGAUCUUUUACCACUUUACUAAAAAAGCACGUAUGUUAUUGAAAAGAAGGAUGUUUCACUCUUUUGUUUCUUUACCUCUGUAGAAAAUGACUUUCAUAUGACCCAAGAAGUAUUUUGAAAAAAGGAUGAAUUUUCGCAAAUAACGGUACUUAAUUUUUGUUUUGAAGUGUUUUUCUUGCGUUUCGGAGCAAUUUUCAUUUUGUCCGAUGAACACGCCAAUAGGUAGUACAGGCUAAAGUAUUGAUUUUAGAAAAAAUAGUUUUCAAAACGGAGAAUUUUAAAUCUAAAAAGUAAAUGAUUCAUGUGAAUAUUACCAAUUCUAGUCGUAAAAGGCAAAAAAAUGUCUAAGAAUUAAAAAAAUUUCAUUGCAACUUUCAGAACCCCUGCAAUCGUAAGAAUGAAAAAGAUAAAAAAAUGAUCUUUCUAUUCUUAUUUUUUUGUUGUGAUUGUGAAGUUCUGUAAACUUGUAGAAGUCAAAAAUCGUUUUUUUGAAUGAAUCACAAAAGCAAAAAUCGUUCACUCCACCUAUAAUUUUAAUCUUCCCACGUCGUGCUGUUGUUGGGUUGCUUCGGUUAUUGUGUUUUUUUUUUCAAAUCACUUCUGUUUUUUUUAAUGUUGCAUUGAAUCUGAUGUGUGCUUAAACUUUUUUUUUUCUUAUUCUUUUUGUGUUCCAGUGUGGCGCCACAGAAUGGCUUUGCUUCUCGCUCCGAAAGCGACAAUCAGGCCGGUUACAUCACUAAGGGAUUUGGUGGCUAUAACCCGAACCUUGCCAAGUUUGCUCACAACUUUGUGAGAAGUUAAUAAGAAAUUCGUAUUUUUCAGCGGAACCCCGAUCAAUUGGUCCAACCAGGCCAAUGGCAGCGAGUCCAUGGAGAAGUAGGAUUGAAAUUUAAAUACAUUAUUUGAAAAAAUACUUUGAGGCAAUUGUUCAACAGAACCAGCAGCGGAAUCAACUUUGACAACUACGAGAAUAUUCCAGUGGAUGUCAGUGGCGAGAAUCCGCCAGAACCGAUCAACGAUGUGAGAGAGUAGAAGAGAAAAUUCGGUUUAUUCAUUGCUGGCUUGUGGCAAAUUUGAAAAAAAAAAAAGAAGAGCGGUCAUGAUUCAGGAUUUUUAUUGAGAUUGGAAGAGAUUUUGUGAGCUUAUUGUGAUCUUUUCGUAUUCAAAUCAAACUAUGUAGAGCUGAGCACAGACCGGCCUCAAGACUGGACUGGAUAAAGUUUCAAUAUUUGAGUUUUUUUUUUUUUUUUUUUUUCAAAUUUUUAAUUUAAUCACUUGAUUCACGGUUCAAAAUAUUCCCAAAACGAUUCUUUACGCUAAAAGUUUUUUUUCAUUAUCAAGUUAGUCGUGAAUGAAAGAUUACAAAUGCCAACUUUACGAAAAUUUAAAAAUUUUCAGUUUGCUGAGGCCAACUUCCACGAAUGGAUCAAGGAGAAUGUUGAGAAGAGCGGCUACGCCAAGCCUACUCCUGUUCAGGUUUCAGACACUCAUAAAGUACAAAUUGCAAAUUUUUCCUAAUUCCAGAAGCACUCUAUCCCCACGUUGUUGGGAAAUCGCGACCUGAUGUCCUGCGCUCAGACUGGAUCCGGCAAAACGGCAGCCUUCCUCUUGCCGAUUAUCAAUCACAUUUUGAACAACGGACCGGAUGCUGUUAAGCAGGUCCUGGUGAAAGAAAAAUAGGCCCAGUUCAUUUAAAAAUUCUAAUUUGUUUAUUUCAUGGUUAAAAUUAAGGAUCAUACUCUAAAAAUCGAGGACCAACUCGAUGAGUUUCAUUAUUGGAAAAUAACUUCUAAAACAGAUCAAAAUUAGUUAUAUAAAUUUCAAUUUUUUUCAUCGACAUUUUAUUGCUCCGGAUUUAGGGUAAAAUAUUUGUUUUUUCAGUAUUUAUUUGUUUUUUACAUGUGAAAGUUAAGAAAAGACAUGAAUCAAAUUGAGAAAAUUCGCUUUUUCUUUUUAUUUCAAUUCAAUUACUUUUCAGGCCACGACUGCGACAAAUGGACGCCGGACCUAUUUCCCUUCGGCGCUGGUUCUGUCGCCGACUCGCGAACUCGCCAUCCAGAUUCACAAAGAAGCGGCAAAGUUCAGUUAUCGCACCAACAUCGUCACAGCCAUUCUCUACGGGGGACGCGAAAACUACCGCGAGCAGGUCAACAGACUCCGCGGCGGAUGCCACAUCUUGAUCGCCACACCUGGACGCCUGAUUGACAUCAUCGAACAGGUAAAGUUGUUGUAGCUCAGAAAAAAAAAGAAGAAAAGGACAUCAAUUGAUGCGGUGUACAGAUGGAAUUUAAAAAAAAAACUAGGAAAUCUAAAAAAAACUCCGAGUUUGAAUGCUCCAUAGCGGCAUUGUUUCUGUGUUUUUUGAUAUGUUGAAGAAAAAUGAUAAUUUUGAGCUGUUUUACAGAAUUAUGCUUUUUCGUAAUCAGUAAUACAACAAUUUACUUGGCGAAGUACGCACUUGAAAUAUUUUACUACUUCGAAAAACACCGAAGUUUUUUUCAAAAACAACUUAUCCAGAAAGUGAAGCUUCGAAAUAUAGAAAUAAUAUUGCAGGGCUGGAUUGGCCUGGCUGGCUGCCAAUACCUCGUGCUGGACGAGGCCGACCGCAUGCUCGACAUGGGCUUCGAGCCGCAAAUCCGCAAGAUUGUCAACAACGGAAUGCCGCCCAAGACCAACCGAAUCACGGCCAUGUUCAGCGCCACCUUCCCCAAGCAGAUUCAAGUUGAAACUAUUAAUUUUGAUCUAAAUCUAAUUUUUUCCUUAAGGUUCUCGCCAAGGACUUUUUGAAGCCGGACUACGUGUUCCUGGCCGUCGGACGAGUUGGCUCCACUUCGGAGAACAUUGAGCAGCACCUUUUGUGGGUGGAGGAGAUCGACAAACGUCGUACUCUCAUGCAGAUCAUCGAGCAGGAUGGUUUGGGGUUGCGCACUUCUGAAGAAAUGAUCAUUCUUGAAGACCGAAGCUCGCUGGUGUUGAUCUUCGUCGAAACCAAACGUGGCGCCAACGAACUCGCCUUCUAUUUGAACCGACAGAAUUGCCGCGCCGUCUCGAUCCAUGGCGAUCUAAAGCAGUUCGAGCGCGAAAAGAACCUCGAGCUCUUCCGACACGGCACCUAUCCAAUCCUUGUUGCUACUGCUGUUCGUUUUUUUUGAUCUAUUGUUUGCUUUUCGAGUUUUUUUUGGGAAUAUGUAGAGCAGAAUUUUUUUUUUUGCGUAAUGGGGUGGUUUCCUGAUGUUAUAUUCACAUUAAUGAGCAGAUGCGGCUUUUCUCUGCUAGAAUUUCUUGAAUAAUUAAUAUGCUUCUCGAAACUCCUGGAAUCCGUUCCGUGUUGGUUUUAGAACAAAAAAAGUUUGAUUUAUUUUCUAAUUUUUAUCUCAUUUCGUGCUCUCGGAAGCGUUUCUGAUGGAAUGCCAUACAAUUUCCUGAAAAAAAGGAAUUUUUUAAAUCUUGAAAAGAUUGGAAAUAAGGACAAUCUAAUUGAUGUGAAUGAUAUUGAAGUUUGACGAACUUUCGGUUUUUUUUUUCCGAGAAAUUUUUGAGGAGCAUAUUUAAAUUUAUCUAAAGGCUUUUAAAAUGUUGUUCUCCGAAAAAGGAUCUUGAGGCGUAUCUUCUUGUUUUUGAAUCUUUUCCUGUAAUUCUCAUUCAGGUUGCUGCCCGUGGCUUGGACAUUCCCAAUGUCCGACAUGUCAUCAACUACGACCUUCCAAAUGACGUCGACGAGUAUGUUCAUCGUAUUGGUCGUACCGGUCGCUGUGGAAACGUCGGAAAGGCCACUAGCUUUUUCAAUGACAAGGUUUCCACUCGAAAUCGUUUCUCUUAAACCAAUUAUCUUCUUACAGAACAGAGGGAUCGGCCGUGAGCUGAUGCAGCUCGUGCAGGAGUCCAAUCAGGAAGUGCCGGACUUUUUGCGUCGCGUCGCCGCCGAAGGAAGGAUCAACAUUCCACGACAGCCGAACCGUCGCUUCGGAGGCGUCGAUCAUCGUCGUGGCGUUUCUACUCGGCCUGGACAGUUCAACAAGUACGCAUGACUAAAAUUUUUUCCAAAACUUGGCCACUAACACUGUGAGAUGCGGGACGAAAAUAGCUCCGAAAGCUAUGAUUAGUUCAUAUUCCAUUUAGUCUUUUUACUGAUUUUUCUCAACGUUUACUCUUAUUAAGUAAUAACUUCAGCUCUUACAUCCAUGGCGCCAACGGCAUCGCUGCGGCUCAAGGCUUCAACAACGGCUUCAGCAUUCCGGCAAACGGAUUUGGAAUGCCGCGUCCGAUGCCUCAAAAUGGGUUCAUGCAGAACGGCAUGGGUGGAUUCCCUGGCGCUCGAGGUAUGCGACCUUUCCCUGUUUUUGUUUGAAGUUGGAAUUUUUCUAGGUGGCUUUUCGAACCCGAGCAUGGGCCGCGGCGGCAUGAACGGAGGCUUCUCCAACGGCUUCAGCAUGCAGCGAAUGAAUGGGUUUGGACAGCCACCAUUCGCUGGAAAGCAGCAGCCGAUCGACCACUGGCAGGCCCCCGCCAACUAA